UCGUCACUCUCUUAUCAGCUAGCUAGCCCCCCUUAACUAAGCACCGAUGGAACCGUGAGUGUGCACUCCAAUCUCGGUCGCUCAGUCCACCACCAUGUGCUUCCUUAAUUCCUACCGUCGUCUGCGCACAGCGGUGGCCGAGCUGUGCGGACGCAAGAAGAAGGGCUGUGGCACCAAGGUGGCCGUGUUCGCCUGCAAGACCGCCACCAACUUCGCCGUCUCCCUUCUCAGCGUCUUCCUCUUCUGGCUCAUCCUCUUCCGCCCCUACCAGAUUCGCCCCACCGCCACUGCCGCCGUCCUAACCACCUUCAACAAUGUCACUGCCGACACGCUCCGCUACGACCUCGCCCUCGAUGUCACUUUCUCCAACUCCCACCAUUUCUACAGCGUCCGCUUCGACCACCUUACAGUGGCCGCCUACUACAGCGGUACCAAGCUUGGUGGCUCCUCCUCUUCGGAUGGUGACGGCGAGCUCCCGAGCAGCUUCAAGCUGAGGCCUCGCCGGCACCGAACCAUCCAUCCGGUCCUCAGCGGCCGGGCCAUCAAUGUCGGCGGCGCUGUGGCCGACCAGUUCUCCAGGGAGGGAAAGGGAGGGCGGUUCACCAUGGAGGUUGUGGUGAAGACGACGCUCACCUACAAGUUUUGGCCCAAGAAGGCCGUCUACUACCACGAGUACAGCUGCCAGCUCAUGUUCCCUGACCCGGCCAAGGCCAACGACGGCGCGCACUCGGUCAACGGGGAUGUCAGGGGCCUCCGAGCUGAACCAUUGUAUAUAUGUUUCACGUGUGAAGGAUUGCUAAAUUCAUCAUCUGAAGGCACCCAGUCAUGACAAUGAACAAUUUCUUCUUCAUGGGAGCACCGCUAGAAGGCCCAACUCUCGCCCUUCUUCUUCUUUGGACGAGAAGGCGCAGACUCACUAUCAUGCAUUUCCUCUUCCUCAGGCUCAUCCACACAUGUGUCUCCUUCAUAGUAGUACCAAGGGUCCUCUCUGCAACUUCAGUUGUUCCAAUCUAUGAAGCAACUCAAUCUCUCUUUCAUCAACACCCAGUGGUGUAGGAUCAUAACCAAACUCAGGUGGCCAAAUAAAAUCAGCACUGAAAUCCCUUUCUUCUUCA